AUGGGGUGUGUUGAAAUAGUAUGGGGUCUGGUCUUGUGCUGCAACUUAGCCAUGGCAUUGACUAGUAGUAGUCACAAUGAACUAGCCUUCGAGGAUGUGGAACAUUUGUCUUAUGACUAUAAGGAUGCACUAGGCAAAGCAAUCAUGUUCUUUGAAGGACAACGUUCGGGGAAGUUGCCGGCUAACCAGAGACUGAAAUGGAGGGGAGACUCUGCACUCACUGAUGGCAAACCUGAUAAUGUCAAUCUGGUGGGAGGUUACUAUGAUGCUGGGGAUAAUGUGAAGUUCGGAUGGCCAAUGGCGUUUACAGUGACAUUGUUGAGUUGGGCAGCCGUUGAGUACCGGCAUGAAAUCUCUUCGGCCCAUCAGCUUAGCCACCUCCGCGCUGCUAUCCGUUGGGGCACUGAUUUUAUAUUGCGAGCCCAUACUUCACCCACCACACUUUAUACUCAGGUUGGGGAUGGAAACGCUGAUCACCAGUGCUGGGAGCGUCCUGAAGACAUGGACACCCCUCGAACACUCUAUAAAAUCACUUCCGAUUCACCAGGCACAGAAGCCUCGGCUGAGGCUUCCGCCGCUCUUUCAGCUGCUUCAUUAGUCUUCAAACGAGUUGAUUCCAAUUACUCUAAAAAGCUGUUAAGCAAAUCCAAAUCAUUAUUCAAAUUAGCAGACAAGUAUAGGGGAUCAUACAAAGACUCUUGCCCUUUCUACUGCUCUUUCUCAGGAUAUCAGGACGAGUUAUUAUGGUCUGCAGCUUGGCUAUACAAGGCAAGUAGAGAUGAAAAAUACUUAAACUAUGUUUUGAGCAACCAAGGAUGGAGUCAAGCAGUAUCAGAGUUUAGUUGGGACACCAAAUUUGCUGGAGCUCAAGCAUUACUAGCAAAGGAAUUCUAUGGUGGGAAGAAGGAUUUGUCUAAAUAUAAGACUGAUGUUGAAUCAUUUAUAUGUGCACUAAUGCCAGGAAGCAGCUCUUUACAGAUUCAAACAACUGCUGGUGGCCUUUUGUAUAUAAGAGAUAGCUCUAAUUUGCAAUACGUUACAAGCUCUUGCACGGUGCUAUCUGUCUACUCCAAAACCUUAAUGACAUCUAAUAUUGAUGGCAUCCAUUGUGGCUCUGCACAUUUCUCAGCCUCCCAAAUCAAAUCUUUCGUAAAAUCACAGGUGAAUUACAUAUUGGGGAACAACCCCAUGAAAAUGUCAUACAUGGUGGGGUUUGGGAGUAAAUAUCCCAUGCAGCUUCACCAUAGAGGCUCAUCCAUCCCUUCUAUCCACAGUCACCCGAGCAGGGUGGGGUGUAACGAUGGCUACUCGAGUUAUUACUCUUCGAACAACCCGAAUCCAAAUCAACAUGUCGGAGCAAUCGUGGGAGGUCCUGAUUCAAGUGACCAUUUCAAUGAUCAGAGAUCGGAUUACUCGCAUUCCGAACCCACAACUUAUAUUAAUGCAGCUUUUGUAGGUGCAGUGGCAGCUUUGCUUGAUGGAACCAAACAGGAGCCUCUGCAACUGCUGCUGAUAAAUACAACCAUAAAUAUGGUCGACUACAUGUAA